AAUAAUAUUUCAAAAUUGUAAUGAGCUUGUUACAACUCCAACUAUGGACAUCGAUGGGGCAAGAUUCCGCUGCAAUUCUCUAGCUAAAGAAUGAGGCGCGUUUGCCUCAAAAGAAUUGUAGGUGUGGCAGCCACAAGAAAGGUGAAUGAGGUAGGUAGGGGGAAGGGGCGACCCAAGAUUGCAGUAGGGCGACCCCAAAAAAAACGAAAUCAAAACAAGCCACACGGAUGCGCCCGGUUGCCUGGGCGCGUUCCAAUUCCAUCGAAAUGAACUUCAGGCGCGGACAAGGCACGUGCCGCAUGAUUGCGCCUGCUGUUGCUGUUGCAUGCCACCAUGAAGCGCCGCGGACGUAGCUGAAAGGGAGGGGAAAAGAGGAGAAGCCAGCACACCCAUUCGAAAAUAAACAAAUGGUAGAAGAGAACUUCUGAGGCAGCGACGCAACGUCUGCGCCUUUGACUGAUGAUAAUUGUGCCAGGGGAUUCGUCGAGUGCAUUCCCGUAAUGCUAUUUAUGAUGUAUUUCUCGGUUAAUUAGUUGCAGCUGGAACGGCCAAGGGAUUGCCUUGGCUUCCGCAUCUUCAACAUUCCCACCAACUCUGACUCCCAUCUUCCCAUCUUCAUUUCCAUCUGCGACUGCUGCGCUCUUUUUGGGCUGUCACAUCUAUUCGUGCUGCUUGAUCGCUGAUGGAUGGCUGCCUUUUCAUCAUUUAUCUUCCAGGGAGUUGCACGUGGAACUGCAACGACUUCCCGGAAUUGGAGCAGAACCUCAGUGCCACACAGUGGCAGCUGCAACGCCCUGAACUUCCCUCACUCCACGACUUGGCUCCCAAAAAAUAUUACGAUCCACAAAUUCAGCCGAAUAAUUAUAAACUUAAAUUAAGCUCGCAAUUAAGUCGUUAAAUGUUGUUACGCAAAAUUAACUCGUCUCUCGAUCAUAGUGGGAAUUGGCAUUAUAAAAGUCGGAUCAGCAUUGCGAAGAGUUAAAUCCAUUGACACGAUUUUUGCUGUGAACUGCACGAGGAAUCAUCAGAGUUCACCGAGUGCCAAAUGGAUUGGUUCUCGAAGCUAGAGCCCAACAACGAACAACUGGAGCAGGCCUACAUGUUUUGCACAGCUGAAUGCGCCUUCAACGCAACUGAGUAUUUAGCUGGUAAUCGUCAAUCGUUGAAUCUGCGCAGGAUUAAAGAGCAUCUGGAAGAUGAGCUAGACAGCAAGGCGGAGCAGAAGCAGCUCUACGAGACUUAUGUGAAAUGCGAUAAGCAUGCUCUUUCGCUGCUGCGCCACAAAGGCGUUCUGGCAAUUGCCAAACAUUUGACUACACAUGGGUGUCAUGUGUAUCCUGGCCUGGUGCUGGAAUGCGUGGCUAACGAGAUGAUUCUCCACUGUCCAGCUGAACGGUUUAGCAAGGCGGCACAAUGUCGCGCCACACGCGACUAUUUGCGUCAAUGCUUCGCCUAUCUAAAGUACAAAACUUAAGAGCUAAUUGAAGCGUAAAUGUAAUAAAGCAGUUUACAUCAU